UCUGAUCAGGUUUUUUAAAAUUUAUAUACAUAUAGAGCCGCGAAGAGCUAUCGGGACGGUGGGGACGCUCGAAAAACUAGAUGCGUCGGUAGUUUCUCCACCCUCAGCUGGUAGAGUUGAAAGAUGUGAGGUUCCUCUACCAGCAUUCCUGACCUGUUGGCCUCCAGAUGUCUUGAAUUUUGACCCCACAUGCUCUAGCCAGCAAAACCAAUGGACAGGAAUUCUGGGGAUUAUAGUCCAAAGCAUCUGUAGAGCACCAGAUUGGGAAAAGUUGUGCAAUUGGAUUUAGAAAAGGGAAAUAAAAUGGAAAAUAAUUGAUUGGAUUGAGAACGGCAACCAUUCUGCUGAAGCAAAGAAGUAAACCAAGAACAAGAAAAUGCCAGCUAUAAAGGUUUUGCAACCUGUACUAAAAAUGAAAGUGGAUGAGCUCUUUCUGUUCUGGUUGAGUGAAACUGCAACUCAGGUGAUGCUCAAGGACUAUUUAAGAAACAUAACCAAUGAGGAGAAGAUAGAAUGUGGUAGUGGUGAUGCUAGCAGCAAUGAACAGAUUACUCAGACAAACUGUAUCUCCAAGCAAAGCAUGCUAGGCAAUUUGAUGUCUCCUUUGACUCCUAGCAGCCCUCCCCAUCUCUCCACUGCUCUACCUCUUGGGAAUCCAAGUAGCCCAAGAGGUUUUUCUAAUAUCCGAGGACUACGUAGAUCUUCAAGCAGCAGAGGUGUUCAGUCGAAGAAAGAAGAACCUUUGACACCAUCUCUGAGCCAAACCAUUCCAACAUUUUAUUUUCCUUAUGGCUGUCCAAAAGAAAAAGUGAAUAUAGAUGCUGUCAUUGCUAAGAUAGAGAAAACUUUCUCCCAGUUUCCAAAUGAGCGAGCAACAUUAGAAGAUAUGGGUAAAGUUGCAAAGGCCUGCGAAUGUCCUCUUUACUGGAAAGGUCCCUUAUUUUAUUGUGCUGGAGGAGAGCGAACAGGAUUUAUAUCAGUUCAUAAAUUUGUUGCAAUGUGGCGGAAGAUACUGCAGACUUGCCAUGAUGCUGCCACCAAGUUUGUUCAUCUUCUAAAGAGUCCUGGGUGUAACUAUUUGAUACAAGAAGACUUCAUUCCAUUUUUACAAGAUGUGGUCAAUAGUCAUCCUAGUCUAGUCUUCUUAAAAGAAGCAUCAGAAUUUCAUUCUCGGUACAUUACAACAGUAAUACAAAGGAUAUUUUAUACAGUAAAUAGGUCAUGGUCAGGAAGAAUCACUUGUAAUGAACUCAGAAAAAGCAGCUUUUUGCAGAAUGUGGCAUUGUUGGAAGAAGAAGUUGAUAUUAAUCAGCUGACUGAAUACUUCUCUUAUGAACACUUCUAUGUAAUUUACUGCAAAUUUUGGGAACUGGAUACAGACCAUGACCUUUAUAUAGAUCCAAAGGAUUUAGCUCGGCAUAAUGAUCAUGCUAUAUCUAAUCGGAUGAUAGAGAGGAUUUUCUCAGGAGCUGUGACAAGAGGAAGGAAAGUACAGAAAGAAGGAAAGCUCAGCUAUGCAGACUUUGUAUGGUUCUUGAUAUCAGAAGAGGACAAAAAAACUCCAACCAGCAUUGAAUACUGGUUCCGCUGCAUGGACCUUGAUGGGGAUGGUGUAUUAUCUAUGUAUGAACUGCAAUACUUUUAUGAAGAACAGUGUCAAAAACUAGACAACAUGGCCAUUGAACCUCUGCCAUUUGAAGACUGUCUUUGCCAGAUGCUUGAUCUUGUAAAGCCAGAGUGUGAAGGGAAAAUAACUCUUCGUGACUUAAAGAAGUGUAAGAUGGCGAAUGUGUUCUUUGAUACCUUUUUCAACAUCGAGAAAUAUUUAGAUCAUGAACAGAAGGAUCAAUUUUCUAUGUUGCGAGGGGCUGAAAAUGAAAACCAAGAGAUGACGGAUUGGGAGAAAUACGCUGCUGAGGAGUAUGAUGUGCUAGUCGCUGAGGAAGCAGCUAGUGACCAGUGGAAUGAUUGUUAUGAACCUGAACUGAACCCUUGUGAUCAGAAGACCAACAUACUAAAAUAUCAAAUGGAGAAAAGGCCAUUCUUUGACAUGCCUUCCCAUUUGGCAGAUGUUGACUUGGAUGAAUUUGAUUAUGAAGAUGACUUUGAAUAAAUUGUGCUGUUUGUACAAGAGGAAGGACUGCCUGCAGCAGGUCUGCUAACCCCACAUAGGGCUUGUUUCCAGAAAAAGUAAAUAGUUCAUUGUGCUUCAAAAUUUAAUAUUUUAAUCAUUUAGUAAUUUUGGAAAACCAGUGAAUUUGUAUGAAAUGACACCUCUUUUGUAUUUAUUCAGUAGAUUGUUGCCUGUAAAAUAGACUUAAAUUAUUUAUAGAUUAUUCUUCCUUUAAGGAAUGACAAUGUAUCUUGUUUAAAGUAAUUUUGCUGGCUUUUUUGUACAAGAUACUAGAAUUUUCCCUUUCACCUAUAGGUGUAAUACAGAAGCCCUUACUCCUGCAGUUUCCAAGCAGAAAUCUAGUAACUUUGCCAAAGCCUCAUUAUACAAGCUAGAUACACUGGUGCCCAUAGCAGAAAAGAACUUGUCUGACACAAGAUGUCCUCUUUCUUCUCCCAGUCUUGUUAUUCCUUCAACUUUCAGUUUGGCCUCCCAACUCCCCUUACGAAACCGGCUUUUAUCACUCAUACUUGACUGCAGUGGAUGUUGUACUCCAUGUCAAGGGAAUCAAUUUUUAAACCUUAUGUAAGUUUUACUUGAUCUGUGAUGUGCACUAACCUUGUUAUGGGCAUUUAGCAUGUUUCUUCAAUGGUUAGCUAAUGACACAUUCCAUGAAUAUUCAUACCAAUGGUGUCAUCCGAGCAGCUGAACAGUUUGAUGCUUGACUUGCCUACUUAAGAUGUGCGAGACUGCUUACUGGAAUGGAUGUUGUUACUCCAGUUUUUGAAAACGUAUAAGGUUUGUAGUGCCUUAAUUUUCCCAAUGUUCACAUGAGAAACUAAAUAUUAGGUGUUUAAGCAAAAGUCUUGCCAUUAGAUUUUUUCAUGUAAAACAAAGAUGUAAGCUAUUUUGUUUGCAGUGCAGAUCUGUUAAAACAUUUAAUAUAUCAUGUUGGUAUUUUCAAAUAAAGUUUUUCAUAUAUGUAA